UAGAAGUAUGUUUUACCAGUUUACAAAUAUCAAUUAAAAUGCCGACAAUGAAAGUAACUGAAAUCGUUAAUUAAUUAGCAAGCGAGAGUUGUUUUAGUGCUAUCUUCUGUCCUGAAACCACACAAAGAGCUUAAGUUGUUCAAGAAGAGACGUACACAAUAAUGAUGCCACAAUGACGCGACCUAUUGAUAGAGGCUGGGCAUGGAUGGUCGUUCUUGGUUCGUUUGUAAUCUUUUUGAUACACGCAAGUUUUUUCUCGGUCACGUCGGUUCUGUUCCUGGAUUUUAUCGAACAGUUUGAUACCAGUACCACGGUGAUCACAACAAUACUCUCUUUGACACAGAUAGCUUACUGCUCCUCAACUCUGGUGAUCGUAAAUCUGCUAAUGCCACGCCUCUCCAUCAGGACCAUCACCACGACUUGCUGUAUCGUCUAUUCCUUGUCCACACUAGCGAUCGCAGUUUUACCAAAACUCCCUGUCUUCUUCGUUGUCUGUAUAGUAAAAUACCUAGCACAAGGCGGGGCUCUGGUGCCAUCUGUCUACCUGGUGGGUCACUACUUUGAUCGCAGACGUGCCUUAGCCACCUCUCUGUCCCUGAUCGGCAUCAGCCUCUCUAACAUCAGCGUGGCACCUGUGGUCAGGUACCUCAGGGAGGAGUACGGAUUUAGGGGAUGUUUUAUUCUUAUUGCGGCUUUUGAGAUGCAUUCAAUAAUUGCAGCUCUUCUGCUUCGUCCAUUGUCGUAUUACGAUGUUAGCCCAAAAGUUCCACCAAAUGACCUCCAUGCCAUAGAAAACACUUGUGAAAAUUUAAACGAGCUUUCAACUGUUUCAAAUCUAAGCGAUGAAACUUGCCCAACGGAAGCUCUCAGAAACCAAAAACACGAUCACGUUACUUCUGUUGAGAGGAUUGGAAAAACUCAUAUAAAUUCAGAUGACGUUAUACACGUUGAAUCUAAUGUUGAUGAUUCAAAAUUAAAUGCAAUCAAAGAACAAGAAUUUACUACACAAAACCAAAGGCACAAUGACCAAGAUGUUACUUGCAUGGUAUUUUCAGAUCACCAGAUCUCUGAGUCGUCAAAAGAAGAUGAAACAACACGUGUUUUAGGUUUAUUUGACAAUAACAUGUUAAAGACUGCAAAUGACCAUCAACCUGUUAGGAAAAUUACCAACCAUUACAUCCUGAGAAAGAAAAUUAGAGCCUGUUUACAUCUUACAAUCAAGAUAUUCGACCCGUCUUUGUUAAAGAACUACCUGGCGGUGAUGUAUCUAAUCAGCUACACUAUGUUCAACAGUAGCGUUUUUGUAUACAUGUACCUUCCGUCUUACGCUAUCAAAGUGGGCGUCAACCAAUCCGACGCCGCCUUCUUGCUCACAGCUGUGGGCAUCACCAACUGCUUGUCCUGCAUCGCCUAUGGACACUUCGCUGACCUUCACCUUAUCCGUCCUGGAAAGAUCAUGGCGGGAGUUUUUCUAAUUAUGGCGGUCGUCUGCCACUGCUCCAGGUUUUUCACAAAUUUCGGCGCCCUGGUCUUCAUGGCGUGCACCCUGGGGAGUUUAGGCUUCGCGUACCUGAGUCUCAACUCUCCCUUGAUUGUAGACCUGUUGGGUGUGGACACACUAGGGAGGAUCUUUGCUCUAGGGACUCUAGCGGCUUCAGUUGCCAUUUGUAUACAGUUUCCUAUUCACGGGUUUCUCAUAGAAAGGACAGGGACGUUCGUGGCGUCGUUUCACGUUGUUGGUGCGACCUACAUGCUGGGGUCACUGUGUCUUUUGUUAGAACCGUUGGUCAGAAGAUGGCAGGGUGCCAGAGAGGUCAAGGCCGGGCACCUGUAACAGCUUUAU